GGGACAGGGCACUGUGUGUGCUCGGCCUUGAAAUGCCCGGCACGUCGGGGCAGCGGGACAGAGCCCAGGGCGCGCGCGGAGGCUGCCAGGGUCUCGCUCCUCCGGCCACAGCCAUGACAGAAAACUCCGACAAAGUUCCCAUCGCCCUGGUGGGGCCUGACGACGUCGAGUUUUGCAGUCCCCCGGCAUACGCCACGGUGACCGUGAAGCCCUCCAGCCCCGCGCGGCUGCUCAAGGUCGGAGCUGUGGUCCUCAUUUCGGGGGCGGUGCUGCUGCUCUUCGGGGCCAUCGGGGCCUUCUACUUCUGGAAGGGGAGCGACAAUCACAUUUACAAUGUCCAUUAUACCAUGAGUAUCAAUGGGAAAUUACAAGAUGGGUCAAUGGAAAUAGAUACUGGGAACAACCUGGAGACCUUUAAAAUGGGAAGUGGAGCUGAAGAAGCAAUUGAAGUUAAUGAUUUCCAGAAUGGCAUCACCGGAAUCCGUUUCGCUGGAGGAGAAAAGUGCUACAUCAAAGCACAGGUGAAGGCUCGCAUUCCUGAGGUGGGCACCGUGACCAAACAGAGCAUCGCUUCUGAGCUGGAAGGCAAGAUCAUGCCAGUUAAAUAUGAAGAAAAUUCUCUUAUCUGGGUGGCUGUAGACCAGCCUGUGAAGGACAACAGCUUCUUGAGUUCUAAGGUCUUAGAACUCUGUGGCGACCUUCCUAUUUUCUGGCUUAAGCCAACAUAUCCAAAAGAAAUCCAGAGAGAAAGAAGAGAAUUGGUAAGAAAAAUUGUUACAACUACUACAAGAAAACCACACAGCGGACCACAGGGCAACCCAGGCCCUGAAGGACCAAGUAACGGAACCAGACCUAGUGUUCAAGAGGAUUCAGAUCCCUUUAACCCAGACAACCCUUACCAUCAGGAGGGGGAAGGCAUGACAUUUGACCCUAGACUGGAUCAUGAAGGAAUCUGCUGUAUAGAAUGUAGACGGAGCUACACUCAUUGCCAGAAGAUCUGUGAGCCCCUGGGGGGCUACUACCCAUGGCCUUAUAAUUAUCAAGGUUGCCGUUCAGCCUGCAGAGUUGUCAUGCCAUGUAGCUGGUGGGUGGCCCGCAUCUUGGGCAUGGUGUGAAAUCACUUCGUGUACCUGGGGCUUGUAUCAUAAAAACUCAAGAGACAACCAGAGUAUGAGGCAUCUUGAUGCUGAAGGGACCACAAAGUAUUUGAUACUCAAUUUGAGCAAUGUUACUCAAGAUACCUUUCCCAGAAGCUCUCAAUUGUUUUACAGAACUUUAUCCAGAAUGUGCAAAUGUACUGAAAGGGUAGUUUAAAAUGUCAUAACAAUUUUUUUAUUACUUGCUAUUUUUUAUCUGCUUUGCUUUGCGAAUAGGCCUACUUAAUAAGACUAACUUCCCAAGCUACUUUGAAAUAAACAUGAAAAAUCACUUACAACGUCAAAGAUCUCAGUUGUACACUUUUCUUUUUAAUCAAGUCAUUGAAGUAAUUGUUUUUGGUUGCUAUUUAUACAGAAUUCCUCCAUUGUUAGUAACCUUUAUUGUUUUUCCCAGUCUUGCAAAUGUGCUCCAAAGUUCCCACAUAAAAAUACAAACAAAAGAGUAAAACCGGACAUACAAUGGAAUCUACCUGAAAGCAAGCAGUAUCGACUUCAAGGUGGAGCUCACAGGAAAUCUGUAAUUUUUAGUUUGUGCAGGCAUGUGAUUAACAGGGGGCUGCCCUAUGUCAGGAGUCACCCCAUGGAAAAGAGCAUUAGGAUAGAGAGGGAAAAUGAAGAUAAAUCUGACUUGUACGGAAGGACUUUCACUAACAUCCUGAAAAGCAGGUCUUCACACCCUUUUCAAUCUGUUCAGUGGUCAAUGGACAUAAAGACGCAGAGUGGUAUCUACCUUUAUAGUACAAAUCAGGCUGGUGAUGUACUCUCACAGUGAUAGGACUGACAGUGCUACCUGGCAGAUCUGGCCGAGAGGAAUGGCUUAUUUAUUUAUAACGACAGAAAGGCUCUUAGGAACAAGGACUGUCUUUAGAAACUGAAGUAUUAGAUCAGGUAAAUCUAAUUUCGUAUUUCGUAUUUUUGACAUUUUAGUUUUGAAUCUCAGUUUGAGAGACAAAGAACUUUCUUAAAGAAAAUAAAAGUUUUCUAAAUACAAUGAUUUAGAGAGAGGACAGAAAGGUCUUGAUACCAUGACUCACACCAGUGCCAUACUCUAAAUAAACCGCAUUACUGUAGGUCUGGUUUGCCAAUUUAAGUUGGUAAAAUCUUAACAGUUUCUUAAACCUGGUUAUCAGAUCAUCAUUCAUUUAAUGGAAUAUACAGUUAAGUUAGGUGUCUACAUGAAAGAGAUAUGAAGGAAAGACACAUGCAGAAUGAAAAGUCCAAUGGUCACACUAUUCUCAGGUAGCAGCGACUUUUGGCAUAGACAGGAAUUUUACAUGUUUAGUCUUUAAAAACGGUUGUUACUCUAUUAACUAAGCAAAUUUGUGUCAAUGGUUCUGCCUAUCAUCUCCAACCUCACUGUCCAGCAACAGGUACUUGAUUCUAGAACUAAACAAAAAGGGGGAAAAAAAAAAAAACCCACCACAAAGACUCAGUGAUCCCAGCCC